AUGACUGAGUGCCCAGCGAUGGCACAGCGACUUCUCCUCAUUUCUUGUGUUCUGCUCCUUUCACAGCGCGGGACGUUUGGCCAAGCGCCCUCUACCUGCGGAACAGACGAGUUUCAGUGUGUGACCGGCGAGCAGUGCGUCCCGGUGGAGUUUGUGUGCGACGGAGAAAACGACUGCCAGGACGGGUCGGAUGAGCAGCGGACAUGCAAUGGUCAGACGUGUGCCAGCAACCAGUUCACCUGCAGGGAGGGUCAGUGCAUCCCAGCGUCAUACCAGUGUGACCGCAUCCAGGACUGCAAGGACGGCUCCGACGAGACGGGGUGCAGCGACCCGAGCUGCCCUGACCAGACCUGUGCCAACGGCGUCUGCUUAAGCCACUCCCAGCGCUGCAAUGGCGUCCUCGACUGCAGGGACGGCUCGGAUGAAGCAAACUGCACUCUUGGCUGCCUGAUGCACCAGUUUGAGUGCCACAAUGGCCUCUGUGUUUCAAUCUCCUUCGUGUGUGACCAUUGGGACGAUUGUGGGGACAACAGCGAUGAGGAAGGAUGUGCGUACCCCAGUUGCAGUGGAAACCAGUUCACGUGUGCCAGUGGGCGCUGCAUCGACCAGAAUUGGGUGUGUGACGGAUUUAACGACUGCACAGACUUCAGCGAUGAGAAAGGCUGCGACAGCGGCUCUCGAGAGUGCUACCCAGGAGAAUGGCCGUGUCCCAGCUCUCCAAAGUGUAUCCCUGUCAUGAACGUGUGUGACGGCCACGCCGACUGUCCCCUGGGGGAAGACGAAACCAAUUCAACUGCCAACUUAAAAUGCGGUUUUGAGCGCUGUGCGCAGCUCAGCUGUGAGUACAGGUGCCACAUGUCCCCCAGCGGUGGCACCUGCUACUGUCCAGACGGUUACAUCCUCAGCAAUGACAGCCGCAGCUGUGGCGACUACGACGACUGCAACAUCUGGGGGGUCUGCGAGCAGCUGUGCGAGGACAGCAUUGGAAGUCACCAGUGCCGCUGUGCGGACGGCUACAUCCUGGAGAACGGCCGACGCUGCAAAGCUGACAUUUCUGCCGGAAUUCCACAACUGUUGUUCUCCAAUGGCCGGGACGUUAUGAUCGGUGACAUCCAUGGCAGGAACAUGAGGCAGCUGAUCAAGUCCCAGAACCGAGGACAGGCUUUGGGUGUGGACUACCAUUGGAUCACCCAGCGUGUAUUCUGGACGGACACCACUCAGAAAAAGGUGUUCUCAGUCAAACUGGAUGGCACCGAUCAGAAGGAGGUCCUGUCGGUGUCGGUGGACAGCCCAGAGAACCUCGCCGUCGACUGGAUCACCUUCAAGCUGUACGUGGUGGAGAGCCUGGUGGACAGGAUUGAGGUCUGUGAUUUCAGUGGUGCCAACCGUGUGAGUCUGAUUGCAGAGAACCUCCAGAAUCCCCACGGUCUGGCCCUCGACCCCACUGUCGGGUACAUGUUCUUCAGCGAUCGGAGCAACUCCGACAAUCUGCCCAAACUGGAGCGGGCAUACAUGGAUGGCAGCCAUCGCAUGGACCUGGUGAAAAGCAAGCUGGGGGCUCCUUCUGGGAUAUCGCUGGACCUGGUCACCAGGCGGGUAUACUGGGCCGACAGUCACUUCGACUACAUCGAGACGGUCACCUACGCCGGACUGGACAGGAGGAUGAUCUUGACUGGUGGGGUGGAUGUGCCGCACCCCUUUGGCCUGGCGGUGUUUGAGAGUAACGUCUACUUCACCGACUGGACUAAAAUGGGUUUGGUCAAAGCCAACCGCUUCGGUGGUGGAGAAGAAGCUACCGUCCUGUAUCGCUUAACAGAGCAUCCGGGGCAUGUGGUGGUCCUGCAUCCAACUCUCCAGCCGAUGGCUAUAAGUCCGUGUGGGAAGCACAAUGGCGGCUGUGAGCAGAUCUGCGUCCUGAGCCACCGGUCCGACAACGGCGGGCUUGGAUUUCGCUGCAAGUGUCGUCUGGGAUACGACCUCCGAGAAGAUGGCCACAGCUGCACCAAGCUGGACAGGUUUCUCCUCUUUUCCUCCAAGAACGUCAUUCGAGGAAUCCCUCUGGACGUGUCCCAGCAGGAGGACGUCAUGUUGCCCAUCAGUGCCACGUCUUCCUAUUUCACUGGGCUGGAUUACGAUGCCCAACAGGAGACCCUUUACUUUAGUGACAUUUAUAACAGCCGCCUCUACAAGGCCAAGAUCGACGGCACAGGCCUUGAGGUGAUUUUGGGUCAACGGAUUGGAGGGGUAGAAGCGAUGACCUUUGACUGGAUCUCCAGGAUUCUUUUCUGGACUUCUUCUACAUAUAAGACCAUCACAGCUUUCAAAGUGACGGAUAAGUCAAGGCGGGAUAUCAUCACCAAUCUGGGAAAGCCGAGAGGAAUUGUGGUGCACCCUGGAAUUGGUUUCCUUUUCUGGACUGACUGGGAGCGGCCGGCGAGAAUUAUGAGAGCCUGGUGUGACGGUUCCAACAAGGUUCCCAUUGUGAACACAACAUUGGGGUGGCCUAAUGGAAUUGCGGUUGACAGGACCACCCUCCGACUCUACUGGGUGGACGCGCUCUUCGACACCAUAGAGCACAGCGACGUCAACGGCCUGGCCAGGCAGACCUUCUCCAGCAUUGGGCAGAUCACUCAUCCCUACAGCCUGGCUGUCCAUGGAGAGCAUCUCUUCGUGUCUGACUGGAGACUCCAGGCCUUAUUCCGAGUGAGCAAGGCAGAUGCCAACGGGAUUGACGUGAUUCGCCAAGGAAUCCCCAACAUCAUGGCCGUCAAGGUGUAUGACGUGCGUCAUCAGACAGGCAUCAGGAACAAGUGCAACCUGAAUGUGACCGUGAAUGGUGACUGCAGCCAUUUCUGCUUUGCCGUCCCUAACGGGCGAAUGUGUGGGUGCCCCUAUGGCAUGAAGCUAACCGGUGAUAAUUUACACUGCACCCCUGACAACUCCACGGAACCCCCAGAAGAUGUCUGCGGACCCUACUCCUUUGCCUGUGAUGAAGGUCGCUGUAUGCCCAGCUGGUACUGGUGUGAUGGAUUCGCGGACUGCUUGGACAAAACCGAUGAGGCCAACUGUACUGACCCUGGUGUGACUUGCUCUCCUUCUGCAUUUAAAUGCGGGAGCAACAUGUGCAUCCCGCAGUCAUGGCGCUGCGAUGGCCUGGAGGACUGUGCAGAUGGCAGCGAUGAAGACAAUUGCCCAACCAAGGGUCCAGUCUAUUGCCGGGAGGGCUUCUUCUCCUGUGAAAAUGGCUACUGCGUCCCCAUAAGCUGGCUCUGUGACACCGUCAACGACUGUGGUGACGGCUCGGAUGAACGAAACUGCAAUUUUACUGGGACAUGUCGGCCCGGGCAGUUCCUGUGUCCAGACCACCGCUGCAUCUCCAACGCUUUUGUGUGUGACGGUGACUUGGACUGCAUCGAUGGCUCCGAUGAAAAGAAUUGUGAAUUCCGCUGCACCACCAGCCAGUUUGCUUGUGCCAGCGGCGACCAGUGUAUCCACUUCAGCUACCGGUGUGAUGGGGUCUUCGACUGCCGGGAUCAUUCGGAUGAAAUGCAUUGCCCCACACGCCAUCCGGGCAUGUGCCACGACCACGAGUUCCAGUGCCAGGGUGAUGGCCUGUGUAUCCCCGAGGAGUGGGAAUGCGACAGGCACCCUGACUGCCGGGAUGGCUCAGAUGAGCACAACAGAUGCCCGGUCCCCACUUGUCGCCCUAAUUACUUCCUCUGUGACAACGGGAACUGCGUCUCACAGAGCUGGGUCUGCGAUGGUGAAAACGACUGCCGCGACAUGAGCGACGAGAAAGACUGCCCGGCUCCGCCGUUCCAGUGUGCCAACAAUCAGUGGAAAUGCCCAUCGGAAGACAUGUGCAUCCCAAAUGACAAGCUGUGCAAUGGGCAGCGGGACUGUCCCUACGGAGAGGACGAAUCUCCUACCUGCAAUGAGGAUGACUGUGCCGUAAACAAUGGCGGCUGCACCGAUGGCUGCAUCCAGGGUCCCUUUGGAGCCCAGUGCACCUGCCCGGCUGGCUUCCAGCUUCUCAACGACUCCAAGACCUGCAUGGAUAUCGACGAGUGUCAGAUCCCGGGAUCCUGCAGUCAGUUCUGCGUCAAUGAGCGGGGCUCCUACCGCUGCUACUGUGACGAGGGCUACACGCUGGAGCCAGACGGACGGGUGUGCAAAGCCACAGAUCCAAGGGAGGCCCUUCUGUUCAUCACCCGGCGGAAUCAAAUUCUAUCAAACAGCAUCCGAGCGAACCCUAACGUCAUCCUCUCCGUCAUCAACGAUGGCAUCAACAUCGGCACCAUCGACUUUGACACGGCUACGGAUACCAUCUUUUGGGCCGACACGUCUCAGAAAAUGAUCUGGAGUGCCCUGAGGAACGGGACGGACAGGAAACUGAUCUUUUACAGUGGGGUUACGCUGACGGAGAAUAUUGCAGUGGACUGGGUGGGGAGGAACCUCUACUGGAUUGACUCGGUUCUGGACACCAUUGAGGUGUCCACGCUGGAUGGACGACACCGAACCGUUCUGCUCAGUGAGAACAUCACCAGUCCUCGCGGUCUGGCGCUCGACCCCAGGAAUCACACAAAUGUGAUGUUUUGGAUGGACUGGGGUCAGAAUCCCCGGAUUGAAAGAGCCAGCAUGGACGGACUGAUGAGGAGAGUCAUCCUGACCCACAAGCUCUACUGGCCAAAUGGGCUGACGAUCGACUACCCCACCAAGCGCUUGUACUUUGCUGACGCCUACCUGGACUACAUUGACAGCUGUGACUACGACGGCCUGAACAGGCAGCAGGUGCUGGCCGGUGACCUGGUUGUUCAGCAUCCUCACUCCAUAACCAUCUUUGAAGAUCACAUUUACUGGACCGAGAGGUACAGUAACCAGGUCAUACGCGCCAAUAAGUGGCACGGAGGCAACAAGACCGUCGUCAUGCCCAACGUCUACGAGCCCCUUGGACUUGUGGUAGAUCAUCCCGUCAGGCAGCCCAAAGCCAGCAAUCCCUGUUUGGGCACACAAUGCAGUCAGCUUUGCUUGCUGUCAUCCCGGCGGCCGCACUACUACUCCUGCGCGUGCCAGUCAGGCUGGAAUUUGGGCGCUGACGGACACACAUGUGAGAGAGACCGCUCUCCCUUCCUCAUGACGGUGAGGGACACCAGCAUUGUGGGCAUCCCUCUGGAUCCAAACAACACUAACGACAACGCCAUGACUCCGGUCUCGAGCAUCAGCCACGGCUGGGACUUGGAUUUCGAUGACGCGGAGGAUUUUGUCUACUGGGUGGAGAAGCCGGGCGCCAUUCACAGGGUAAAGAGCGAUGGCACCAACAGGACCGAGUUUGCACCAGCGGCGCUCAUUGGCUCUCCUUCUGGGCUGGCGUUUGAUUGGAUCGGCAGGAUGAUGUACUACACCAACCCCACGUCGCAGACCAUUGAGGUGAUUCGGGUUGAUGGUGAACAGCAUUACAGAAAAACCAUCAUUGGCAACACAGGGAAACCCGAGGGAAGCGGCCAGCCAGUGGGUAUCGCUCUGGACCCAGCAAGAGGGAAACUCUACUGGACUGACCAGGGCACAGAAAGUGGAGUGCCACCAAAGGUUGGCAGUGCUGACAUGGAUGGCAGCAACCUGAGGAACCUCUUCACCGAUAACCUGAUGCGGGUGGAAUUUAUCUGUGUGGACAUCUCGGAGCGACGCCUGUACUGGGGGGUUGCCAGCACUGGAGUGCCAUUAGUGCACUUCAUCAGCCCCUGCCCCUGUGGGUCACCUUUAAUGCUCUCUUGGCAGAUCGAAACUGGAAACGUGGACGGGUCGGGCCGGAGGACCGUGAAGUACCUCUACUACACGGACGUGGACUACGAGGUGAUCGAGCGAGUGGACAAAGGGUCAGGGGCUGGCCUGGUGGUGAUGAGGAGCAACGUGCCCAACGUCAGAGGCCUGCGAGUCUACUACCGAGACAAAUCGGCUGGAGAAACGAAUGGCUGCAGCAACAACAAUGGAGGCUGCCAACAGUUAUGUCUCGCCAAGGAUGGAGGUCAACGGUCGUGUGGCUGCACCACAGGAUUUGUGCCCACACCAGAUGGACUGAGCUGUGUGGAGUACGAGUCCUUUGCUGUGGUGUCCACUUACAAGACAAUCCGAGGCUUUCACAUCAACAGCUCGGACCAUUCAGAGGCAAUGGUGCCCAUUUCUGGACAGAAUCGCUAUGCCAUCAAACUAGACGUCCACGUCCCCAGUGGGUUUGUCUACUGGGCUGACAAUUACGCAAACUCAAACUUCCACAGCGGCAUCUGGAGGGUCAAGACGGACGGCUCCUGGUACACCCCGAUUGUCACAAGUGGUGUGGGAGAUAAAGGCAUACAGGGACUGGCGGUCGACUGGGUGGCAGGUAACGUUUAUUUCACCAACGCCUACUCGAGCCAAACAUACGUUGAGAUCCUUCGCUUGAACACGACCUACCGGCUGGUGCUCCUAAAGAGUAGCGUGGACAGACCCCAGGACAUCGCUGUCAGCCCCCGACUGAGGUUCCUCUUCUGGACGGAUGGAGGCCAGACCCCCAAGAUCGAGCGGGCUUUGUUGGAUGGGACCAACAGGACUGUGCUCGCUUCCAGCAGCAUCUCGACCCCUACCGGGCUGGCGGUGGACUACACGAAUGACUUCCUGUACUGGACUGAUGAUUCGCUGGACAUGAUCUCCUCCAUGCGUUACGACGGAACUCAGCGGCAAAUCAUCCGCUACGGGUCACGCUACCCCACGCCGGCUGGCGUUUCCAUUUUUGGUAACAACAUGAUCUGGGUGGACCGCAACCUCAAGAAGAUAUUUCAAGCCAGCAAACAGGCCGGCAACACAGACUCUCCAGACGUGAUCCGGGACAACCUGAGUGAUCUGCGGGACGUGGUGGUGUUUGACCCUCAUGUGCAGCCCAUUUCGGCCAAUCUGGUCGGGUUUAACCCCUGCCUGGAGGACAACGGCCGCUGCCAGCAGUUCUGCUUUGCUAUUCCAGGACAGGAAGCUGCCAAGUGUGGUUGUGCCCACGGCUCCAUCUUGAGUAAUGGUGUCUCCUGUGGAUCCUCUCUGGACGAGUACCUGAUCUACGCCACAGACUACUCUGUGAACAGCGCCCGCUUGGACCCCGAUGACCACAGCCUGCCCUUCACUGCUGCCAUGACGGGAUAUGGCACCGUUGCAUUGGACUUCGAUUUUGAUGACAAAAAAGUUUAUUUCACGCAGAGUUCUGGGGUGGGACGCAGUCGGAUAAGCUACAUCAGCACCACGGCAUCAAGCAGUCCUCCAAUCACAGUGGCAUCAGACCUGGGGGACCCAGCAGGAAUCGCUUACGACUGGAUCCACAGACGCCUCUACGUCAGCGACUACAACAACCAGAGCAUCCUGUCCAUGUCACUGGAGGGCAAGAAUCGCACUUACAUUGCCCACGUGCCCAGUCCAAGGGCCAUCAUCGUGGACCCCUGCAAAGGGUACAUGUAUUGGACUGACUGGAGCAGCCACGCAAAAAUCGAGAGAGCCACGCUGGGCGGGAAUUUCCGUGUGCCGAUCAUCAACAGCAGCCUGGUCUGGCCGAGUGGCCUCACACUGGACUACGAGGAUGGGCUCCUGUACUGGGCAGACACCUACCUGAAAACGAUUGAGCGCUCCUCUCUGACUGGCGCCAACAGACAGGUGAUUGUGGGCAAAGCCUUUUACCCGUUUGCCAUGACCGUGUACCAGCAGCACAUCUUCUGGACCGACUGGGACACGCGCAGCAUCUACAGGGCCAACAAAGACGACGGCUCAGGUCUGACCGCCCUGCUCCGCAAUAUCCAGUACCGACCCCAUGACAUCCACAUAUCCACGCCGUCAAGACAACAGAAGUGCGGCAGCGCCUGUGAACAGUUCAACGGGGGCUGCAGCCAUGUCUGCGUGUCAGGUCCCAGUGGCGCUGAAUGCCAGUGCCCCUCAGAGGGCAGGUGGUACCUGGCAAAUAAUGGCAAGGACUGCGUAAAGGAUGAGGGUGCCCGCUGUGGCGAGGGACAAUUCACCUGCCUGACCGGCCAGUGCAUCUCGGAGCGGUGGAAAUGCAACGGCUACAAGGACUGUGCGGACAAUUCAGAUGAGCUGGAAAGAGUGUGUGCCUUUCACACUUGCUCGCCAAUGGACUUCACCUGUGACAACGGCCGCUGUGUGCCUUACGCCUUCCGCUGCGACCACUUCAACGACUGUGGAGACUACAGCGACGAGGUGGGCUGCGCCUUCCCCACCUGCAACCCGAGCACGGAGUUCACCUGCAGCAAUGGCCGCUGCAUCUCUCAGCAGUUCGUGUGCGACGGCAUCAACCACUGCCUGGACAACCAGACCUCGGAUGAAAUUAACUGCCCGAACCGGACGUGCCCAGCAGGGACAGUCAAGUGCACGACGACCAACAUCUGCAUAAAUCCCAGCAGCAUGUGUGACGGCUUCAACAACUGCGGUGACAACAGUGACGAGGACCCCAUGUUCUGCCGCACGCGGACCUGUGAGCCAGACAAGCACCAGUGCGACUCCGGGAAGUGCAUUCCCUCUUUCUGGGUGUGCGAUGGGCUUGCGGAUUGCCUCGAUGGCUCAGAUGAGCCCCCUUCCUGUGAGGAGCUUGUGGAAACGUGCCACCCUGAGCAGUUCACCUGCACCAACGGGCACUGCAUCCCGGCCUCCAUGGUGUGUGACGGGAAUAACGACUGCGGAGACAUGAGCGACGAGCACAGCGACCGGCACUGCGAUGAGGUGACGUGCCGCCCGGACGAGUUCACUUGCCCUCUUCCCUGGUAUUCAGGCCCCCGGUGCAUCCCCAAAUCCUACGUGUGUGAUGGAGAGCGGGACUGCAGCAACGCAGCCGACGAGCUUCAGAACUGUACCACCAGGCAGUGCCACGCCAACGAGUUCCGGUGUGCCAACGGUCUGUGCAUCCCUCUCCAUUUCAGGUGUGACAGGCAUAACGACUGCGGGGAUGGCAGUGAUGAGAAGGGCUGCACCUACCCGUCCUGCAGCGCCAGCCAGUUCACGUGCCAGAACGGCAUGUGCAUCCCAAGUGCGUUCAUAUGUGACGGAGACAACGACUGCUGGGACAAUUCGGACGAGCUGGACAGUCUUUGCCUGACCCCGGUGCCCACCUGUGCACCGGGCCAGUUUCACUGCAGCUCAGGGGAGUGCAUCGAUCUACACAAAGUCUGCAAUGGACAAAAUGACUGCAGUGACAUGAGUGACGAAAGAAGAUGUGGUGUGGAUGAAUGUGCCGAUGUGGCUGUGAGCCAGUGUGCCCAGAACUGCACCAACACCCUCACCAGUUACUACUGCUCCUGCUGGCCAGGCUACCGACUGAUGCCCGACGGCAAAGCGUGCGAAGACAUCGACGAGUGCUCCGAGACCCCUGCCAUAUGCAGCCAGAUCUGCGAGAACUCUGUCGGCUCUUUCCACUGCAAAUGCGCCAGUGGGUACAUCCGAGAGCCCGACGGGCACACCUGCCGCCACAACAGCCCCGUGCAGCCCUACCUGCUCUUCAGCAAUGGCUACUACAUUCGGAACCUGACAACGGAUGGCGGCAGCUUGUCCAUCGUUCUGCAGGGCCUGACAAACGGAGUGGCACUGGACUUUGACCACUAUGAGCAGAGGCUCUACUGGAUUGAUGUCGGGGAAGGCAAAAUCGAGAGGAUGUUCUUCAAUGGCACCGGCAGAGAAACCGUCAUUGACCACAAUGUGCCCCAGCCAGAGGGAUUAGCCAUCGACUGGGUGGGCAGGAAAAUGUACUGGACGGACGCGACCAUAGGAGCCAUCCACGUGUCCGAGCUGGACGGGCGCUUCCGGAGAAAGCUGAUCAGCGACUGCGUGGGGCCAAAUCACACUUACUGCUUCGAAAGGCCGCAGGCUGUGGCGGUCAAUCCAAAGCUGGGGUGGCUGUAUUGGACGGACUGGGGGCAGAAAGCCUUCAUUGGAAGGGCUGGAAUGGAUGGCCAGGACAGAUCAGCUAUCAUCACCACGAAGAUCGAGUGGCCUUACGGCCUGACCAUUGACUACACCACAGACAAGAUUUUCUUCACUGACGCCCAUCUGGAUUACCUCGAAUACGCCAACAUGGAUGGGAGUAAUCGGCACAUCGCCAUCAGUGGCGGCAUCCCAUACUGCUAUGCUCUCACUCUAUUUGAGGAUAUGGUGUACUGGACAGACUGGAACACCAAGACCAUCGAGACAGCCCAUAAAUACACCGGAGCUGGGCGCCUGUCCAUGAUGAACAUCACCCACAAGCCUAACGACAUCCAUGUCUAUCAUCCCUACCGCCAGCCACGGGGGAAGAACCCCUGUGAUGACAAGCCGGAGGCCGAGAGCUGCAGCCACCUGUGCCUGAUCGCUGGUGGUGGUCGGAAAGCCACCUGCGAGUGUCCCGACCACUUCAUUGGCAUCUUCGUGGGCUUCAAGGUGCAGUGCGUGCCCGACUGCUCCAGCACUCAGUUCCGCUGUGCCGACAAUGAAAAGUGCAUCCCAAUCUGGUGGAAGUGUGACAAGCAGAAGGACUGCAGAGACGGGUCAGAUGAGCCCACGACCUGCCCGGUGCGUUUCUGCCCACGUGGUCAGUUCCAGUGCUACGACGGUAACUGCACCAGCUCGAAUUCCAUCUGCAAUGGUUUACGGGACUGUCCCGAUGGCUCAGACGAGGAUCCUGUAUUAUGCACGAAUCACCGUUGUGAGGAGAACCAGUUUCAGUGCAACAAUAAACAGUGCAUCCCUCUGUCCUGGCACUGCAAUGGCAAUCGAGAAUGCUCUGAUGGCAGCGAUGAAGACCCCCAGCAGUGCCAAAGCAAGACCUGCAGUCCAAGAGAAUUCCAGUGCAAAAACGGCUACUGCAUCUCACAGGCCUAUGUGUGCGAUAUGGAAGACGACUGUGGGGACCACUCAGAUGAGCCCUACGACGAGUGCGUCAGACGCAGAUGUGACGAGCACACCGAGUUUUCCUGCAAGACCAACUACCGCUGCAUUCCACAGUGGCAGGUGUGUGACGGAUACAACAACUGCCUGGACAGCAGCGACGAGAAGGGCUGUGAGGAACUCAGUUGUGAUCCGCUGGGAGAUUUCAGGUGUGAAAACCAUCUCUGCAUCCCACUCCGCUAUCGCUGUGACGGCAACAACGACUGUGGGGACGGAUCUGAUGAAAAGAACUGCAGUCCCCGACUUUGCUCUGAAAGCGAGUUUCGCUGCGAUAACCAGAUGUGCAUCCCGGGGGUCUGGGUAUGUAACCACAAUGACGACUGCGGAGACAAUUCUGAUGAGCGCGACUGUGAGUACCGUCCUUGCCUGCCAGGCUACUUCCAGUGCAGCUCUGGGCAUUGCAUCCCGUCGGCACUGGAGUGUGAUGGACAUGGUGACUGCUUGGACUAUUCAGACGAGACAUCUUGUCCAACCCGCUUCCCAGGUGGGGCCUGGUGUCCUGCGUUCAUGUUUGAGUGCAACAAUCACGUCUGCAUUCAGAACAACUGGCUGUGCGACGGCUUUGACGACUGUGGAGACAACACGGAUGAGGACCCCCACACCUGCUCGUCUUUUCCCUGCUCACCUCCAGAAAGGUUUGUGUGUAACAACAAGAAGUGCAUCCACUCGAUACUCGUGUGCGACCAGGUGGACAACUGUGGAGACAACAGCGAUGAGAGCCUGGAGCUCUGUCAGGAGCCCACCCCAGCUCCGUGUACAACCCACGAGUUCAAGUGCAUGAAUGGUCACUGCGUCCCCCUCAUUAGUGUGUGUGACCACUACGACCACUGUGGGGACAAAUCAGACGAGCUUGGAUGCCACUUUGGUCCCAACAGAACCUGCAAGGAGAACGCCUGCAAGCAGAACUGCACUGACCUCAGUGGCAUUGGCUUCAUCUGUUCCUGCAAACCUGGAUAUGUGGUGGACCCCAAAAACCCGCUCAGCUGCAAUGAUAUCAACGAGUGUGACAUUUAUGCCACUUGCAGCCAAGAGUGUAAAAAUCUGAAGGGCAGCUAUGAGUGCCGCUGCGCCGAAGGUUACCGAGAGGUGGGAAGCGGGCACGAGUGUGCAGCCAAUGGGCCUCCACCUGUCCUUCUGCUGAUGGAAAGUGUGAGAAUCCGCAAGUUCAACCUGCAGACCACCAAGUAUGAGGAUUACAUCGCUGAGGAGGAGAGAGUGGGAGCCGUGGACUGCGACUGGGACCACAACGGCACGGGAUAUAGCAUGGUGUAUUUCACCGUGGAGGCCAAAGGCUCCAUACCCGGCGCCAUAAAACGAGCCUACCUGAGCGACGUGGAUGAUGGCAGCAACAACCUGGUCAUUACAGUCAACCUCAACCUAACCAACGUAGUGAAGCCUGAUGGGAUAGCAGUGGACUGGGUGGGAAGAAACGUAUACUGGACGGACGCCAGGACAAAAAGAAUCGAAGUUGCCUUGUUGGACGGAAGGUACCGGAAAUUCCUCAUCAGCAGCGACCUGGAGCAGCCAACGGCAAUCGCUGUCAAUCCAAAGCUGGGCUUGAUGUACUGGACAGACUGGGGAGCUUCGCCCAAAAUCGAAUCUGCCUGGAUGGACGGCCAGGAGAGGAAGGUGCUGGUUGACCAAAUCCAGGGGUGGCCUACGGGUCUCACCAUCGACUACGCCAACAACGACCGUGUGUACUGGUCCGACUCAAAGGACAACUUUAUCGAGUCCAUGUUCUCGUCUGGGGAGGACCGGCGUCUUGUUCUUCACGGAGAUCUGAAGAAUCCUUUCAGUAUCAACGUGUUUGAAGACCACAUCUACUGGUUCAGCAAGGAGAAGGGAGACGUCUUCCGUCAGAACAAGUUUGGGAGAGGCGCCAAGGUGAAGCUGCUGACUGUGGGCCCCUGGCUCUCUCAUUUCAGCGUCUAUCAACAGCAGCGUCACAGCCCAGCUAUACCAAACCGGUGUAAAGGAGACUGCAGUCACCUGUGCCUGCUGCGCCCCGGAGGGUACACCUGUGCCUGUCCCCAGGGGUCGUCCUUCAAUCCUGGCAGCUCCACGAAGUGUGACGCAGCAAGUGUGCCCCCACCCUUCAUGCCACCACCGUGCUUGUGUCGCAAUGGAGCCACCUGCUACCUGGAUGACAAUCUGGCCAAGUGCAAGUGCCCACCAUCCUGGAGCGGUGACUUUUGCCAGAACAACGAUAAUCUGCUUCAACAGUCAGUGGCUGUGGCGGUGGGUGUGACCGCCGCUCUUCUGGUGGUCCUCGUGUUCCUCGUUUUCGCAGCACACCAGAGAUCCAAUGGCAGGAAACUCUAUGACCUCAGUGGCGUCUUCACCCUGCCCAGUUUUAUGAGGAGGAAUGCAGGCACGGAGGAUGAGGAGGGCUUCGCCAACGUCUCCUACUCUCAGCACAAUGAGCCGUCUGUUAGCAUCGAGAAGACCAGCUCGGUUAGCACAGAUGCUGUGGCUGCUGAAGGAGGCCAUCUGAAUUUUGAUAAUCCCAGUUACACCCCUCAAUCUCCUCUUGGCCUGGGAGCGACUGCACCUGCCAGCACGAGUGCCAAGAAACAUCAGCUGCUGUUUAACAGGAAUUUUGUGGAGACGUUUGACAAUCCUGGCUAUGAGGAAAAUGGCGGCCCAGCCAGCUUUUUUGAAUCUACAUCAUAACUGCCCGAGC